UUUGCGCAGUUUUAUAUAAAAACAAACACGAUGGCACUUGAAAGUCCGAAAUAUGAAAUCCUGAACACAGAAGACACCAAUAAAAUGUUGAAAUUAUUUAAAGGAGAGAAAACUGGUUGGGUAUUAGUAGGUCCAAAAAAAUGGUUUUUUCCAUACAGAUAUACAGAACAAGGUAAAGGUUUUUACAACUUCAAAGCACGAGCAGAUGAUACCUGGGUUCUAUCUUAUCCAAGAUCUGGUACAACAUGGAUGCAAGAAUUAGUUUGGUUAUUAUCAAACAAUUUAGAUUUCAAAAGAGCGCAGAACGAACUUCUGGCAGAACGAUUUCCAUUUCUUGAAUUUAGUUUGUUCAAUCAUCCAGAGGUAACACUUGAAUUUUUAAAAAUGAAUGAAGGCAACAAAGAUAAGGAAGAACUCUGUAAAAAGAUUGCAGAACCUGGAUAUGAAGUCUUAUCAAAAAUGACUUCUAAAAGAUUCAUUAAAUCACAUUUUCCAUUUAGUUUACUGCCUGGUAUUUUGGAUACUGGUUGCAAGGUAAUAUAUGUUGCACGGAAUCCAAAAGAUGUUGCUGUUUCUUGGUAUCACUUGAAUAAAGCAAUUAAGACUCAAGGAUAUGUAGGUGACUUUGCAACUUUUUGGGAUUAUUUUCAAAAUAAUCUCAGUAAGUAUUAUAUACAUACAGCAGAAAACAUAGCACAUGAUACAAUUUAGACAUUGUAAAUUCUUUCAGCACCAUGGAGUCCUUAUUGGGAACAUUUGAAAGAAGCAUGGGAAUAUAAAAAUCAUCCAAAUCUAUUAUUUAUAUUUUAUGAAGAAAUGCAACAUGACUUUCCAAAGACAAUUAAAAAAGUUGCUAAGUUUCUUGGAAAAAACUAUACAGAAGAACAAAUGAAGGAAGUAGCUAAUUAUUUAAACAUCAAAAACUUUCGGAAUAAUUCAAUGGUAAACUCAUCUGAGUUAAAAGAAUGUGGUAUUAUAACUGCAGGAACAUUUGUUAGAACUGGUAAAAGUGGUAGCUGGAAGGAUAUGUUUACCCCUGAACUUAAUGCUAAAGCUAACAAAUGGAUAGAAGAAAACCUUAAAAAAACUGAUUUUACUUUUCCAUAUUUCAACAACAAUAAUAACUGUGAAUGAUUAUAUUAUAUAUAUCUAUAUAU